UCGAGAGAAAUUGAGAGAGAGAGAGAGAGAGAGAGGGAGAGAGGGAGAGAGAAAGACAGCCCUAGAAUUUGGGGCCAAAGGAAAUGCAAGAUCCAGCGUCUUCAAACCCUAUCCACACUCCCAAUUCCAAUCAAAUUCCUCCCUUCGAUGUUGCACCGCCGCCGAAGACUCAUAAACCGCCGCCGGUGGUGAACGCGACGGCUUCCUCAUCCAUGUUUGCCAAUGCGAAUGCUGGAAAUGCCUCGUUUGUGCCUAGAGGUGGUUCACAUCAUCGGAGGGCUCAUUCGGAAGUUAGCUUCCGAUUGACGGAGGACAUUAUGGAUCUCUCCGGUUCGGAUCCGUUCAACGGCGGUUCGUCAACGGCUAGUCUGGAGGAGAUCGGAUCGGAGGAUGAUCUGUUUUCGACCUACAUUGAUGUGAAGAAGCUUGGAGGUAAUGGAGGAGGGAAUUUCGUGGAUCAAAAUGCCAAUGGCGGAAGUGAAGGCGCCGGUGGUAGUGAGGGGGAGAAGACUCCGAAGCCAAGGCAUCGACAUAGCUUAUCGGUGGAUGGAACGACGUCGUCAUCGAGUAUGUUUGGGGAGGUUAUGGAAGCGAAGAAAGCUAUGCCUCCGGAUAAAUUGGCUGAGCUUUGGAGCAGUGACCCCAAACGCGCCAAGAGGAUAUUAGCAAAUCGACAGUCUGCUGCUCGCUCAAAAGAGAGGAAGGCACGGUAUAUACAAGAGUUGGAGCGCAAGGUGCAGACCCUUCAAACAGAAGCAACUACUCUAUCAGCCCAAUUGACUUUGUUCCAGCGAGAUACAAGGGGUCUCAGUAACGAGAAUACAGAGCUUAAGCUUCGGUUACAAGCUAUGGAGCAACAAGCACAAUUGCGUGAUGCUCUAAACGAUGCAUUAAAGAAGGAAGUCGAGAGGCUUAAAUUCGCUACCGGGGAAAUGAUGAGCCCUUCCGAGUCUUUUAACUUGGGAAUGCAUCACAUGGCAUAUGCCCCAUCGUCUUUUGUUCAACUUUCACAGCAACCAGCAGGUCCUCAGAAUAUGCAAAUGCCACCAUAUAGCCAUUCCCCAUCUAACAUGUCUAGCCACCCUAUGCAUCCAUCAGAUUCUCAUUCUCUAUCGGAGGUUCUGCAGAGCGACCCUCUCGGCCGAUUACAGGGUCUAGACAUCAGUAGUAAAGGAUCGUCGCUAGUGAAAUCUGAGGUCCCCUCAAUCUCUGCAAGUGAGAGCAGUACAACUUUUUGAUGCAAAACUGGCUCCUGACGCUUGACCCAACUGACUUGUUGAUGAUUCAUGCUAUUUAGUUUAUUGUUUAUAGAUCGACCUCCGAUUAUUUAGAGAAGUUUCUCCUCCACUUCAAUAGCAUUCAUUUGAUUUGUAUUUAAGUACCAACUCUUUUCUUUUACAUUCUUAGGAGGAUUCUUCAAAUGGGUUUCGUUGAAAUGUUUGUUUUGGCAUAUGAAGCCUUGUUGUUAUGUUCAUGAGGUGCCUGAAAGCUUUGUUGGAAUGAAACAUGUUGUGUUCAUG